GUCCCGAGCUGAAGAGCAACACAUCCUGCACAACAGGGCAGAAAGCACCGAACUCGGAGCUGCAAGAUUUCAACAGACGAGGAGAGACGACUGGAGAUCCUCCGCAGGGCAGAAUGUCAGAUUCCCUGGUUGUGUGUGAUGUGGAUCCGUCGCUGAUCGAGAAACUAAAGAAAUUUCGUUUCCAGAAGGAGACUAGCAACACAGCUUUAAUUA